AUGCUUCUUUAUCCGCCCGUUUGUGGUCAUUAUGGUCUCUCUCUCUCUUUUCCCCCCUCUUUCUCUCCCUCACUCUCUCCCACGCUCUCCCCCCUCUCUCUUUCCUCUCUCUCUCUCCCCUCUUUAUACUAUAUCUCUCCCUCUCUCCCCCAUUGCCUCUCCCCUCUCUCUCUCCACCAUGUCUCUCUCCACCCUCAUUCUCCCACUUUCUCCUUUCCCUCUUUCUCCCAAUCUCUCACCACCCUCUCUCUCCACCAUCUCUCUUCCCACUCUCUCUCCCCUCCCUCUCUCCACUCUCUCUUUUCCCCCUCUCCUCUCUCUCCCCCACUUUCUACCCUCUCCCUCUCCACUCUCUCCCCUCUCUCUCCACCCUCUCUCCUCACCUCUAUACCCCCUCUCCCUUUAAAUCCCUCAAUCUCUCUCCAUCCUCUCACUUCUUCUCUCUCUCCCACCCCAUACCCCACUCUCUAUCCCCUCUCUCUCCACCAUGUCUCUCUCCCCCUCUCCCCUCUCUCCCUCUCAAUCCCCCACUCUCUCUCUCUUGACCUGCCAGUUAUGAAAAAUCAUUCUCAAAGAUUCUUAACGAUGCUUUAUCUUCUAAAAUUUUUCUCUUCUCUCUCUCUCUCUCUCUCUCUCUCUCUCUCUCUCUCUCUUAUUCUCGCACAUUUUUUCUUACUUUUUUCUUCUUGCUUUUCUCCUUUUCUUUUAUUUUUCUGA